AUGAAACAGCCGAGUGCAGCUGAUUAUGAGCUCAUCCCACCCGACGGAGGAUGGGGCUGGAUGGUCGUCUUGGGUGUUGCCCUCAACACUAUGACCAGCAUGUCCCUGGGUUCAGUUUUCAGCGUCCUCUUCGGAGACAAGCUGAGAGAGAUGGGACACAAAACAACCAGCGCUGCAGUUAUCAUGAGCAUCAGAAUGGCUGUCAUGCAGUUCUCAGGUCUCGGCAGUGGCCUAGUGUCGCCUUCCAGCUUCCUGGUAGUCAAGACGUACUUCCUGAAGGCACGAGGGCGCGCCGUCGGCAUGUCCAUGGCGGGCGGGAACGUGGGCCAGAUGGCGAUGCCGCACCUGGUGAGCUUCCUGCUGGAGGCGUACGGCUUCAGCGGCGCGCUGCUGGUGCUGGGAGGGGUGACGAUGCACGGCCCGAUGGGCAGCCUCUUCUUCCACCCUCUGGAGUGGCACGCCGAGCGCCGCCCACUGGCCGCGGAGCUGCAGCCGCUCAGGGCGGGGGUCGACGGCGACGCUCCGGCGGACGCGGAGGCCUCGCCGAUGCGGCGCUCCAAGCGGUACGCCUCGUCGCUGUCCCUGGCCAACUCUGAGAUGGGCGAAGUGACGGACGUCGUGUUCGAAACUCACGGCCAGAAGGCGACGCCAGCCAACGAGGACAUCGGAGGUGCCGGGGACCAAAAGCCGCAGCCGGUGUGGCGCCGCGUGGCCUCCUUCAUGGACCUGGACCUGCUGCGCAGCGGCGUCUUCCUGAACACGAUGCUCGGCACGGGCAGCAUGGUGACGUCCAGCGUCAACUUCACGCUGCUGCUGCCGUUCUACCUGCAGCGCGUGGUCGGCCUGCCGCUGAGCGACACGGCGCUCUGCCUCACCAUGCUGGCCGUCGGCGACUUCCUGUCCAGGCUGACCGUGCCGCCCGUCACCGACCGCCUCGGCGCCAGGCCGCGCCACGUCUUCUUCGUCGGAGCCGUACUCACCGCACUCACCAGAUCAGCGGUGGCCAUGAGCUCCGGGCUGGUGACGCUGUGCAUCUGGAGCGCCCUGUCUGGUUUCGCCAGAGGCGUCGCCGUCGUCAACUCCAACAUGUGCGUCGCAGACACCUGCCCCGACCACAAGCUGCCGGCCGCCGUCGGCCUCAACAUGAUGUUCGCCGGCGUCCUCAUGUUCGGCGUUGGGCCCAUUGUGGGUUUUGUCCGUGACAAGACGGAAGACUACCCGCUGUGUAUGCACCUGCUGUCUGGAAUGCUGCUCACGGCGAUGUUUUCUUGGUUUACUGAAGGCGUCGUUCAGUGGUACCGCCAGAAGAGAUGA